AUGGCUUUAGAUGCUGUAACCACUCUAAUCAAAAUAGUGGAGCAAGACCUUAUGAAGCCCAAACUAGUUUCGAUUUUUUAUGCUGGAGGAAUGAUGGUGUCGCUGCUCGAAACCAUCGAGUUGCUGUCUUCCAAGCUCUGCAUUCUGCAAGCAUUUUUGGAGGAGAGGUGUGAGACGGAAAUGCAUAAUGACUGGUCGUUUGAACAUAAAGUUGCUAGACUAUAUGACGAGUAUGAAAUAAAAUAUAAACUGGGACUAGUCUAUUCGGAAGCUAAAUGCGGGCAUCUUCUUGGGACCUUGAAAAAAAUGGAAAGAGAAAUUGAGGAAGUUGAAAAUUGGAUGUUGAUGAUAAAAAAAGGAACUGCUUUAGACCCUGAUGAGGAAAAGAAUAUCAUGGUUUGCGAUACCUACCAAAGUGCUUUAGAGCCUGAGAAUGAAGUAAUUGUAGGAAUCCACAUUGAUAUAGAGACGAUAGUUAACCGUCUCUGUUAUUCACACUUUAUGAGAUCAGUUUUCACCAUUUUGAAGAAAAGUAACAUUCACAAGUUUCAGAAAUAUGUUGAAAACCCUGUGCUGAAACUACACGUUAUUCCACUCGUUGGGGAAGGAGGCAUAGGAAAAACUACAUUAGCCAAAAGAGUCUAUAGACAUCCAAUUACUAUUGCUAGCUUUCAAAUUCGAGCUUGGGUAGUUUUGUCUGAGCUUCCUAACGUCAAAGAGAUUCUCAUUGGUCUAUUACGUUGUAUUAUUUCACCAAUAACAAGUGAAAUCUACAACUUGGACGAAGCUCAAAUAGCUGAGCAAUUAUGCACAAGUUUGAUGGGCAAGAAGUAUUUAAUUUUCUUGGAUGAUAUAUGGACCACUGCUGCAUGGGAUGCCAUCCAAGGAUAUUUUCCAGAGAAUUUUAAUGGAAGUCGAAUCUUAGUAACUACUCGGUUUACAAAGGUGGCUAAAUACUUAAGUGCAGAUUCCUACCAUGUGAAGUAUCAAACUUUUGACAAUCUAUGGGAAUUAUUUUCAAUGAAAGUGUUUGGGCAAAGCCAACACGUUCCCAAGGAAUAUGAGUUAAUUGGGAAACACAUUGUUCUUGGUUGCAGGGGAUUACCACUAGCAGUUGUUGUGAUUGCCGGACUUUUAGCAACAAUAGAAAAGUCAAUAGAAAUAUGGAGAGAUGUUAAGGAAACUUUGGAUAGAGUUGAUAAUGACAAAAGAAUUUCACAAAUACUUUCAUUGAGCUACAACUAUUUACCUCCUCACUUGAAACCUUGCUUUCAUUAUUUUGGUGUGUUUCCUGAAGACAAUGUCAUUUCUGUUAAGAGAUUAAUCAACUUAUGGGUUGCAGAGGAAUUUUGA